AUGUCUAAGAAAUCGAAAGUACCUUCAGUAUAUAGCGCCAACAAUGAAAUUGGUCCAAUAGAGGAUUUCAAAGCUGUUCAAGGCUUCAAACAAGGCGACUCCCCCAAUUGUGAGACAGAAACAUUGAAUCAUCAUGCAGACGAUAGAAAAUAUCGAGGUACAAAUACUGCGCCGGUUGACUUUGGUAAUGACUCCCAGUCAUUUUUCAAUAUACCUAUAAAUCAAAAGUCAAAUUCAAAUAGCGAAUGUACUAUAAAUAAACCGGAGGAAAUCCAUGCUCAGCAUCCAUAUAACAGCACCCAACGGCUUCCGUCCUUUCAAGAAAGUUUCUGCUCGCUAAUCUCACCAAGACUCCCUAUAUAUAAUCCUAUGGUAACUACUGCUAGUUCGCGGGCAAUUAGUCCUAUUCGGCCAACAAUCAAUACAGUUCCAAUUCCAAUUGUUUCCAUGCCCAUCCAAAUGGUGCCUUCGAUGACGUACCAUACUUCGGAUGCUGGCGAGAAUUUACAUCCCAGUAUGAGUAGGCAUCUUAUGUAUGAGAAUCCGAGUCAAAACAUCACAUCGCCCCAUAAAUAUCAUGAUAACGAUAAUAAAGGCGAGUAUUUGUCAAAAUUAGAUCCCAACCAGGAUUCCUCCUGUCAAAAGGAACAGACACAAAGGAAAGAAGAUGGGCCUUACAAAUUGGAGAAACCAUUGAAGAAUUAUUAUGAUACGUAUUAUUCUAAAUACCUUGAUCAUAUCGAGUCUCGAAAGGUAAAACAAAGAAAGAGGUCACUGAGGGUGGAUUCGAUCAAUAGUGAUGACACAGAAAUUGGAAAGAGUAUACGGGAAGUUGGUGCUAAAACUUUGAGACCUCAAAUAACUAGCGAGAAUUCAUGUGGGAUCAGACCUGUUAGAAGGAGAGGUGUUGGCCAAAUUCGGAAGGAAAAAGAAUAG